AUGCUAAAAAGUGAUGGAAGUGAAGAGCAGAAAGUAGCUAAAGAGGACCAAAAGAGAACUUUGGUGGAUACCAAGAAAAAAGCAAGUUCCUCGAAAAAUUCUCCUAAAGUGCAUGUAUCCAAGACAAAGAGCCUCACCAAGGAAAUCAAGCCAAAAGCGCAACUGGCAGUCGCAAGCUCAAGAAGUGCUUUGAUGUUGAGCUUAGCUCUCAAAGGACAGUUUUUAAAGACCACGCAGACCUUGGAAGAUGGAAAAUCUUGCAAGCAUUCCAACCAAAAAACCCAUGACAAACAUUCGAAUCAACCACCACAGCUCAUGCCAGCUUCAUCCAGGAGAAAUCUGUGUGCAGUUAAAAAACACAUUGCCCUUAAGGAGAAGAGCCUGAUAAACGAACUAGAGCCAGGGCACAUAGACUAUUUGUCCCUAGAUGCUGUUGGCAGUGGAAGCUACGGGGAAUGCUACCGUGCCCGUUACAGGGGAAUCAACAUCGUUGUCAAGAAGAUGAUACACAGGGAUACAGAAGAGGACAAGUUAAGGGCGAGGCAUGAAGUGGUCCCAGAAACUCAUAAGGGGUUGAUAUGA